AUGGCUACUGCAAUCCCCAAUGGUCUUGUUCUCGAGGCUGAAGGACAAGAAGCCUUUCACGAAAUGAGCCGACGAGAACGAAGAUUUAACACCUUGCCAGACAAUCCGGCAAGACUUAUUUACAUCCAAGCGCUUGUGGAUAGUAAAAAGACUGAUCGUAAAAAAUCGGACCUUGAACGAGAACAAAUUUACGGUGCAAUCUAUUUGGCCACUCUGAUUUCACUAACUGUUCUUAGUGCAACCGUUUAUAAGGAGAUAUUGAAAGUUUUUUCUGGUAUUUUGAAUGCCUUGAUGUUAGAGAGGGGCAAUCUUGAAUAUUUUCGCAUUUUUUAG